UGAUUUAAACUUGGAUCCUGCUGGGAACCCCGGGCCUGUUAAUUGCCUCCAUAUAAAUAAACAGUACAAGACACCAAUAAAUAAGGCAGUGGGCAUUUAAAUGGGAAAGAGGAGACGAAUUAAUAUUGUUGACAAUAUAAUAAUACUUUCGAUUUCUAAAAGUGAUGAAAUGAACUUGAAAUCGAACAUGUUUGGAAAUAGUAGGCCUAUUCUCACUAAGUAACAUAUGUAAACUUAGAUCUACAUGAAUUAAAUGUAGACAAAAGAUAAAGAAAAGUAAUAGGAAAUCGUAGAACAAGAAAUAUGGAAGAAUUCAGAUUUGAAUAUAUUGAAGAUGUUAAUAUUGACCAGACCGCUGUUGCUUUAGCAACACAAGUUCUACAAUGUCAAGAGAGACUUUUGCUGCAUUUGAGAAACACAAACCAAUCAGAGGACACAAUGCAGACAAAAACUCAUGAAUCUCUAGAUACCUUACGAGAAAUAAAGUCACAGGCAGAAGGUAGCCACCAUGACUACUGUGCAACAACAAUAAAUGAAGGUCCAAUUCAAGAAUUAAAACAAAUAACUUUAAUGCAUAUUCCAAGUUCUUUAACUCAGAAAGCCAAAGAAAACUUUAACAGACUAAUUACAGAAUUAAUGAGAGGUAAAUGUAAGAAAGUCCUAGCUAGUUUAUUGUUUACUUGUCCCUGGUAUGAGGCUAGUCAGAAAGAACGUGGAGAAAAGGCCAGGCAUAAUGUGUUAAUAAUUGUAUACCUAUGUUAUGAUCAUCAAGCUAUAACUCCAGCUAAUAUACAUAAUCAAAAACUAGGAGAAAUUAUUGAUAAGGGUUGGUGUUGUAUUGUAGAAUUAUCUCAUAUGUGUAGAUUUUUAGUUAGUGGCAGAACAAAAUAUAUUGAAAUUCUUAACUAUGAUCCAGAUGGUCAAAUAUAUGAAAGUGAAGAAUGGAUUGAAUUAAAACAAUCUCUACAAUCUUACCAGUUAAUGGGAUUGCAAUCAUUUAUAGAAGCUGGUUUCGGACAGGCUGUUGGAGGAGUUGCCAAGAAAACAAAAUGUGGAAUAAUGAAAUUAAGGGAAGGUGCCACAUUCUUUGAAAUUUGUGAAUCAUUUAGAUUAUUACAUAAUUUAUAUAAUUUGAUACAUGGAAGAUGUAUAGUAAAAUCCAUAGACCCUACACAAUUACCAGAAAAAGCAAAUAAUGCUUUGACUAAAUUAAUUGGUUUAUAUCAGAAUCCUGAUGGUACAAAACAAGGUCUCUUUGAUCUGUUAAUGUCAUGGAAAGAUGAGAUACAGGAAGAAUUAAAAGGAAAAUCAUCAUUUACUAAUCUACCAGAAGUUGAAACUAUAUUAUGUAACUGGAAGAAGAAAACCAGACUCCAAGGAAAAGAACUUAUCCCAUUUACGUAUAUUGAAGAUGAGAAGAGUAAAUUAUUACAAUUAAUGGAGACUAUUGGUGGACCAGUGAUAAAAUUACAACCUGAACAAGUGAUACUGAUAGCAAGAGCUGGUAGUCAUAUGUAUGGUUUAGCUACAUCUGAUAGUGAUGUAGAUUAUGUUGUUAUAUAUAGAGAGAUGACUGAUAGGUAUAUUGGUUCAUGUAAAAAGAUCCCAGAAUGUUUCGAGAAUCGAGGACCUUCCAAAAAAGUUGAAUAUGGUGCUUAUGAAGCUAGAUUAUUUUGUGAGAUGGUUUUAAAGGGAAGUGUUGUGAUAUUAGAGCUUAUAUUUGCUGAUGGCCAUGAGUAUACUAGUCCAGCUUGGAAGGCCUUGGCAUCACAUAAGAUGAAGUUUGUUACAGAAAGAGGGAUACAUCAGUAUUUAGGUUUGAUAAAGAACAACUUUAAUAUGAUAGAGAGUAAAAAAUAUAUCAAUACCAAACGAGACAGAAAACUAUUUUACCAGAUAUUUCACAAAAUUGACAGUGUAGCAUACAUGAUACGAGAAAAAUCACCACCAGUACUAUGUCAGGGAGAUAUUAGAGACUAUAUAUUACGAAUCAGACAAGAACCAUUAGUAGGUGAUUUAGAAAGAGAGAAUCUACUAGAAGAAGCUAUAAGAAGGUAUAAAAAUUUGCGACAAGCUUUGGUAGAUAGAAACAGUCGACUAAAAGAAAAAACAGACUUUAGAUUUCUGGCUUCAUGGUUGACAUCAGUCCGAGGCAUACCUGACUAAUUUUGUAUGGAAUUAAAAGCGAAUGUUUUGUUUAACCAUCACAUUAAAAGUAUUAUUAAAAUAUUAAACAAUCUGACUUUUAA